AUGUCGACUGCACAGGAAGAGGAGCAGCACCUGAGAGACUGCGCGUCGUACAUCCAGACGCACCGCAUCCAGCGGUUGUUCAAGGACUGCAUCGUCCAGCUGUGUCUGUCCCGACCAGAGAAUCCGAUCGGCUUUCUGCGGCAGUACUUCCAGAAGCUGGAGCGGGAACAGGCAAAGCUGGACGCCAGCAAGCAGGCAGCCACACCGGAUGAUCUCGAUGAUCUGAGCCCAAUGCCACAGACGACAGCACCACCGGUGCGACGUCGUGGUGGCAUCUCCGCUGAACCAGUCACUGAAGAGGACGCGACCAGCUACGUAAAGAAGGUCGUCCCAAAGGACUACAAGACGAUGGCGGCUCUGUCAAAGGCGAUCGCGAAGAAUGUGCUUUUCUCGCACCUCGACGAGAACGAGCGAUCCGACAUCUUUGACGCGAUGUUCCCCUGUAACUUCCUGCCCGGUGAACCGAUCAUCCAGCAGGGCGACGAAGGCGACAACUUUUAUGUCAUCGACAUCGGCGAGGUCGAGGUAUUUGUAAAUAACGAACAGGUGACGACGAUCAGCGAGGGUGGAAGCUUUGGCGAGCUGGCCCUGAUUUACGGUACGCCCCGUGCGGCCACCGUCCGUGCCAAAACCGAUGUGAAGCUGUGGGGCAUCGAUCGGGACUCGUACCGCCGCAUCCUGAUGGGCUCGACGAUCCGGAAGCGCAAGAUGUACGAGGAGUUCCUGUCGCGCGUCUCGAUAUUGGAGAGCCUCGACAAGUGGGAACGGCUCACGGUGGCCGAUGCGCUCGAACCAGUCACCUUCGAAGACGGAGAAACAAUCGUGAAGCAGGGUGAACCGGGCAACGAUUUCUACAUCAUCGUGGAAGGAUGUGCCACCGUCAUGCAGAAGCGUGGAGAGAACGAGGAAGCGGCAGAAGUCGGUCGUCUCGGACCGUCGGAUUACUUCGGUGAAAUUGCACUGCUGCUGGACCGGCCACGUGCCGCCACCGUUAUUGCCCGCGGUCCGCUCAAGUGCGUCAAGCUGGACCGAGCUCGGUUCGAGCGGGUGCUUGGGCUGUGUGCGGACAUCCUGAAGCGAAACAUCACCCAGUACAACAGCUUCGUUUCGCUAUCCGUCUAAGAUUCGUUCGAAUCCAAACGUAACUGGGCCUGCGGGCGUGCCGUGUGGGGAGGAACCGGGACCGCGGAACCGUGUAGUUGCAUAUGUAGACUGCGGUGAAUUAGAGAUUCUUACCAGCGAUACGCUUCUGAUGACCAGGCUCCAAUAAGCAUACGUAGCAAACAGUUUCGCUUUGGUUAUUGUCAUGCACGACCGCUGUUUGAAUGUGAAAGUGAAGGAAGGGGGUGUUCAUGGACCUACGUGCAUGGAUAUGAGAUCGAAGAUCGUAUAUGUGCGAGUUCGUGCGUGCGUACGUGGUUGCAAUUUUGUUUCAAUCUCUUUCUCACCAUUCAUACCCCCGCGGGAAUCUUCUGACGUCGAUAGUAAGGAGGCAGUUAGGCAUGAUCCUGGAAAGGGAUUGUUUUGUUCACGCGUAAAGGAGAGAACACGCCUCUGGGCAGACGGUUGGCGCGUGUGUAUAGUUUACUUAAUCGGGAUGUAGGGCAUGGAACCAUUUGAAACUACCAUCAUCUCGUUAGAAGGCAUUCGAGAGGAAGGCUGUACCUUAAGUUCUGUCUUCUUAGCCGCGUCGUAUUAGAAUCGAGUGAUGAAAUCGCCGGAGGAAGUUAGCAAAACGGGCGCUAGAAACACGAGAGAGAAGAUGCAAGGAUUGUAGUAAUAUUAGUUAAAACGAGCGAUCUAUUAGCGUCCGUCUGUAGUAUCGUGGACGUUUGUCAGCUUUUAAUUUCUCGUCUUAACAAUUACCGACUCUUUGAAUUAAUGCAUUAAAUUAGUUGACUAUUUAUAACCGAUUUGUGUAAGAAGGUAGAAGGAUUGGAGAUGGUUGAAAGGCGGAAGGAGCGAGUGUGAUCGAGUAGAACACUAGAGGAAAAGCGAGGUGUAUUUUGUGUAAAAAAAACUAAUUUAAACUAUAAAAGGUCGUAUGCGUUAAAAAACGGAGCAAAACGAAAGCAAAACAAAAAUGCAGCCCCUACAUCGUUCUCAGUCGAAUCAAUCCCAGCGAUACGCAGUCGGUAUUUGCAAUUUUGUAAAAUGAAAUGCAACUGAACUGAAAAUUAUGUUGGCACAGCAACAAAUUUACAUGCUUCAAAAAGGUGUCUAACAUGGGGUGAAAAAUUGGACAUAUUCUGAAAAAGGAUUUGUAAAGCCACCAGACGAAAUUUGUAAUUGGAUAAGAUCCGAUUUUGCAGGAUGCAGGUUACUGUUUGGAAUCUAAGGAACGUGAGGAGCAAGAAAACAUUGUGAAAUCAGACCGCAUGCGGAUCAGCACAAUUAACAUAAUAUGAAGGUGAAGAAAAGAAAAAAACAUAUAAACUGUGAGGGAAUCGACGAAAACAGAUGCGAUACAGGAAUCAAACACAGGUACACAUUGUUUCUCGACGUUUUUAGCUGUUCGGUGUCUGUAUAUGUUGGUGUAAAUGCGCUAAUCCAGCAUAAACCAGCGAUCAUACAUCUUGUGCACGUUUUUUGGCCGAAACUCAUCGUCUAUGUCGCGCGGGUUGUGCGUGUCCGGGGAUAAGCUUAUUAAGAUCACAUUUUAUAACAGUUCUUUUAUAUGGCAUAGUACGGAAUAUAUGGCAUAGACAGUGUUUCAAUAUAUUAGAAAGCUAUUUCAAAAUUUUACUCUUCCAUUCAUAUGAAUAGAAUAAAGGAUGAUUCUAUUAUAGUUUGGCCAUUGGUAGAGUGAAUUUAUCGUUCUAAUCAUCACCCGCGUUUCAUCCUAUUACGCUAAUCCCUCGCAGUAUUGUAUCUUCAUUGAAAACCUAGAAAAAAGAUCAAAAACUGGCUUGCCUAAACCUUACACGAAGAAGGAACUGGUUGUAAUGGUAUUGGAUGAAAUGCUAAUGUAUGCAAUCUUGCUGUGGGGCAAAAUAAUAUUUAGCAGGACAUCAAAAAGGACAAUGCGAUUUUUCUUCAAUUACGUUCACAAUAUGCCAAGAAGUACCUUGUGAUGAGAUUCUUUUCACCGACGACACAAACCAACGCACGUAAGACGAAGCGCGGCGACUUAAGCUGAUGAGUAUCUCCUUUUGCAUCGAAACACGUAUUCAUACGUAUAACACACAUUCAUAGCUAUUAUUCAUACGGCCCAAAAUCUCCCUUUUAUGAUGUGAUGUUGCCUUGUGAGAUGUUUUAAUGUACAGUAACAAAAGAUAAACUCUAUAAAAUAAACGGUGAAGGGCUCUGGUUGGAGGUGGACGAUAAGAAGUGGCGAUUAGCAGAAGCGAACAGCAGACAGUUAUAUUGAAGCACUU